UGUAGUGGUUGGAGCUUUUUCCGUUAGUUCUAGUCUUCAUACUUCGACUAAUUAGAGUUUAUUAUUAGCAUAAUAAUAGUUUAGGUGAAAAAAGUUAUAGAAAAAUGUAUACACUCUAAAGGAAUUCUCUUGAAGGAUAGGGUUUCAGAACAGUCAUUUUAAGUAUUUAUGUCUUUAGUAAGUUCAAUGGAUAACAUGGCAUGUAAUAAGGGGCAACAUGUGAGGAAGGCAAAGAAGAAGCAGGUGAAAGACGAGUUGGAUCGUCUUAAGCAGGCUGAAAAGAAGAAGAGGCGGCUGGAAAAAGCUCUAGCUACGUCUGCUGCCAUCAUAUCGGAACUGGAAAAAAAGAAACAGAAGAAGAAAGAAGAACAACAGAGACUUGAUGAAGAGGGUGCUGCAAUUGCGGAAGCUGUCGCUCUGCAUGUUCUACUCGGUGAAGACUCAGAUGAUUCAUACAAGGUUGAGUGCAAGACUUGGGAUGAUUAUAAUCGUAAUCUUGAUUUCUUCAUGGGUGGGAAAAGAGCCUGCUUUCCAAAUCUAGAUGGAGGCACAUGGUCCGUCACUGCCGAAAAUGGCAAGUGGUCUAUCUCGUCCGGGCCUUUUGAAAACCACAAUGUGCACGCUCCAGCUUACGGAGAACCAGUAUGGGAUCCUACAAGAUUCUCUGUUGACCUUAUAGCAGCACAAGCAGUUAGAUCACUCCAGAUUGCAGAGAAUGCAGAUGAGGAUAGGAUUCUGUUCUAGGGGAAUGCUUACAUAUCGGAUUAAUCACGUCUUUGCUGUGGACUUGAGUCUUUUUUUAUUUUAUUUGAGGUCUUUCAUGUGUAUAUAACUAUAUUUUAUAUUAAAUAUCGCGAGUCUUGUGUUUGUCAAACAACACAUUCUGCUUCAGGUGUGAUUGAACAUGUUGGUAGUGUCCCCAUGGUUUUUUCUGAUUUUCUUUACCUGUAUGCGAGGAUGCUAAUUUUAUUUGUGGAGUGAUGACUUUCAUACUCAAGUAUUGUAGGGAACUAUACUUUUUUGAGCUGAUUAUCAAUGGUAAUAAUAUAAAUGGAGACCUCAUGAUUUAUAUA